AUGUCUAUCCUUUCUGGUCCCGUUUACGGCCUCGAGGUCCCGCCUGGUGAGGUCCUCAUCCCGGCCUCUAUGGACUUUCCCGCUUCGUUCCGCAUCACAAUGGCUGCCAUUGACCCUACUGAGGAGGCCGAGGCCGACGAGGAGGGCAACGUCCCCGCCCUCCCCCGUUCCACCCUGCGCCUCGUCAAGCGUGCCUACCCCGGCCUUGACGACGAGGAAGAGGACGACGAGCUUGACGAGGAGACCCUCAGGGCCCUGAUCGACGCCAACAACGAUAGCGACGACGAUGAGGAUGACGAGGAGGUCAACGGUGGCCCCAGCGACCCCGCCAAGUCCAAGAAGCAGAAGGCUUCGGCCGCCAUCAAGAAGCUCCUCGAUCAGGUCGGCAGCGACUCCGAGGACGAGGACAUGGAGGACGCCCCCAACAGCUCCAAGUCCAAGAAGGCCAAGGCCAAGGCCGAGACCAAGGGCGAGACCAAGGCCAAGGCCAAGGGCAAGGCCAAGGCCAAGGCCCCUGCCAGCGAGGACGAGGACAACGAUGAGGAGGAGGACUCUGACGAUGACUCUGAAGAUGGCGCUGACCUCGAGAACUUUGUUCUCUGCACUCUCGACACCGAGAAGCACUACCAGCAGACCCUCGACAUCACCGUCGGCCACGGGGAAAAGGUCUUCUUUGUCGUCAGCGGUACACACACCGUCUACCUCACCGGAAACUACAUCAUGGACGACGAGGAGGACGAGGAGGAUGAGUACAGCGACGAAGAGGGUGACGAGAACUACAGCUUCUCUCCCCGCGAGCUCGACUUUGACUACGAGUCGGACGAGAUGAGCGACGACCUCGAGAGCGACGACCUCGACAACGUCGCCGACCCCCGUGUCACCGAGAUCGAGGACGAGGACGAGGCUCCCAAGUUGGUCGAAACAGCCAAGAAGAACAAGAACAAGCGUUCCGCCGACGAGGCCGAGUCACUCGACGACCUGAUCGCCAAGUCGGACGACACAAAGCUCUCCAAGAAGCAGCAGAAGAAGCUCAAGAACAACAAGGGCGAGCCCGUCGCCGCCGAGGACGCCAAGAAGGACGCCAAGGGUGACAAGAAGGUCCAGUUCGCCAAGAACCUCGAGCAGGGCCCUACCGGCUCCGCCGAGAAGGCCAAGCAGACGGCCAAGGGCAGCGUCAAGACUGUCCAGGGCGUCACCAUCGAUGACCGCAACCCCGGAACCGGCCGUACGGUCAAGAACGGCGACACUGUUGGUGUUCGCUACAUCGGCAAGCUAGCUAACGGCCAGCAGUUUGAUGCCAACAAGAAGGGCAAGCCGUUCUCCUUCAAGGUCGGUAAGGGCGAGGUCAUCAAGGGCUGGGACAUCGGUGUCGUCGGCAUGGCCAUCGGUGGCGAGCGCCGCCUGACCAUCCCCGCUCACCUUGCCUACGGCUCAAGAGGCAUGCCCGGCAUCCCCGCCAACAGCCAGCUGACCUUUGACGUCAAGCUCCUCGAGAUCAAGUAA